AUGUAUAGUUGGGAGGAACUAUUGGAUUUGAAAUUUGUAAAACGCAACAUUCGAAUUAUUCAUCGCCCGGAUUUCCUUUAUGAACAUUUAUUGUUACACCUAAACAUUAGCAAAGAUCAAGCGUUCAAUUUAACGGCAGACAAGAGAAGAUACACACAGCGUUAUUAUGAUUCUAGGGAUUCUACGCUAGCGCUAGAUAUAUUUCACGAGAGGGUGAACUUAGAAGACUUACUAAAUCGCACGGAAAAGCUGCUUCAUUUCGGGAGCUUGUUCUCUUCGAAACGCGUGGUGAAGCAACUACAAAGUAGUAAAAAAUUUUGGGAUAGUUUACUGCAUGAGAUGGUGCCCAAUAAUCCUAUAAUUUUGGAGGUAGUAGAAAAGAUUACAAGUAGAAUCGGAAAAGCAAGAGCAAAUGGUUAUAUAGGUAUCCACGCACGACUAGGGGAUCACUUCUCGAAAAAAUCAGAAGCGACAAUACAGGGAAUCAUUGAUCGAUUGAAGACCGAUUUCUCCGACCCCAAAUCUAAUCCGAACAAUAACACAAACACUGAGAAUGUCAUAGACCCUGACUUUAAUAAAGCUUGUUAUCCCAAAUUUAACUCUAAAUCUCCGAUAAUAAUAUAUCUGGCGACCGAUAGCCACAGAAAUGACACGUCACUUCGUCCGUUCCUGGAAACGUUCCCGUGUGUUUACAUGCUAGAUGAUUUUCAGAUUGAACCAGCGAAGGAUAUAGUGAAUCCAUUGGAUGGCACAAAUAUGUUCAAAUACUUGGUUUCUCUUGUGGAUUUGUUAGUAGCAUCGCGAGGUAGCAAGUUCUAUGGGACACCGUCGAGCACUUUUUCCGGAUAUGCUCAAAGGUUGAAUACUUUUUUUCAUGAAUAG